AAGCACUCCGUCUGUUUUCUUCUUUCUUAUUAAAAGGAGGGGUUUUCUAUUGCAGUGCGGUGAAGUGCAGUGUUGAGGAAGAAAUAAGAUUAAUGGAUCCGAAGCUAACAGAGGUUUCUCAGCUCUUUGAGCGCUUCAAGGCCGCGUUUCUCAGGAAAGACUACGAUACCUGCUCCAAUCUACUUUCCCAGCUAAAGGUUAAACUGACAGAGUUCAGAAGCCUUCCUCCCUUGUUUGAAGAUACACCUAAUGCUGUUCGUGAAUUAACAAUAGCAAGGGACAUAUAUGAGCAUGCUGUUGUCCUUAGUGUUAAAAUUGAGGAUCAAGAUGCCUUUGAGAGGGAUUUCUUCCAGUUGAAACCAUAUUAUACAGAUGCCUGCAAUAAACUCCCACCAUCUCCUCAAGAGUAUCCAAUAUUAGGUCUCAACCUUUUGAGACUACUUGUGCAGAAUAGAAUAGCUGAAUUCCAUACUGAGUUGGAAUUGCUUUCAUCUGCUGCUUUAGAAAAUCCUUGCAUUAAGCAUGCUGUGGAGUUGGAGCAAUCUUUCAUGGAAGGGGCAUACAAUCGUGUCUUGAGUGCUAGGCAGACAGUUCCCCAUGAUACAUAUGUUUAUUUCAUGGAUCUUUUGGCUAAGACUGUGAGAGAUGAAAUAGCGGGAUGCAGUGAGAAGGCAUAUGAUUAUCUCUCCAUGAAUGAUGCUAAGCAAAUGUUGAUGUUCACCUCAGACAAAGAACUCUCGGAAUACAUUAAAGAGGACCAUCCUGAGUGGGAGAUUAAGAAUAGUUGUGUCUUUUUCCAAAAGGCAAAAGAGUCCGCACCUUGCAAAGAAAUUCCCUCCCUUCAACUCAUCAACCAGACUCUCAGCUAUGCUAGGGAAUUGGAGAGGAUUGUGUGAAAUGAAAUGGCAGUGGCUUUUGUUUUUCCAAGAUUUCCGAUACUGUCUUUUGAAGCUAUUUAUCAUUAUAAUUCAAUGCAAAACUAUUAAAUUGAUCAUGUCUGUAUUUUCGUCAUCUAGGUGAUUGAAUUGUUUAUCAAGGUAUCAUUUUUUCCAAUUAUAUUGUGCUCUGGGUAAGGAUGAAGGAAAAAUUAUGUCCCAAUUCCGAGCUCAACUAAGGGGACACAUCCAACUAUCCGAGUUACGGAGAUGUGACUGUUUAGGAGCUCCUUGUAAUCCUUUGACAUUGGAAAAUCUUUAAAAUUUGGCAUA